AAUCUCCAUAGAGUUUUUAUUGAUAAACAUAGUGAUGGUGAAUGCUUUUCAAAAUAUGACAAUGAAAACAAAUAGGUUUUGAAUGUCUCUUUUCUUAUUAUAUAUUUUUUGAGUUUUCAGCAUAUAUAAUAUCAAAAUUUUCAGUAUUGAUAUAAAACAUUAAAAUAUUCGUUUGAAAAUGGCUGAGAAUAAUGAGAAUUGGCUAGGAUCUUGGUUCACUGCUGCCAAAGAGAAAUUGAAGAAUUCAGAAGUAUUAGAAAGUGUCUACAAAGACUUAGGAGAGUUUGGUGGUGCUGUCACAAAAGGUGCCUCCAAUGUCUUAUCAACCACUGGAAAUGUAUUAGAGAAAACUCUCAGUUUGGACAGUCCCGAUUCUACUGCAAAUUCUGUAAAGAGGAGUUUCAGCACAUUUUUAGAUCAAAUGAAUACUGUUCUCAAUCCAAGUCCUGAUGAUUCUGAUACUGAAGCAAUAAUGAUUGUAGAAGGAUCAGAAACUGUUAAAUUGACAAAACUUCAGCAAAUUAUAUAUGAUCUACAAUCAAAUGAAAAAACAUUUACAACUGAACCUGAACCUUUCUUAUCAGAACAGUAUAAUUGUUGGCUUCAAAUAAGUGAAGAACAGGUAUAUGAUGACAAAUUAGAAAAGUAUCUGAAAAGAUCAGAUAUUUUGAGAAAACAAUAUGAAAUACUUGUGCCUAAUAAAGUAGAUAAAGAUAAGUUUUGGACAAGAUAUUUAUUUAAAAAAGCGCUAUUAGAAGAUGAAUUUGCAAAACAAGAAAUACAAGAAAAAAAAGAAUGCAAGGAAAACAAAAUUGUUGAAGAAAAAGUAAAGUGGGACAAAGAAGAAUUUGCAGAUGGCAUUGAACUAACAGAAGAACAACAGAUUAAAUUAUUAGAAGAAUAUGAGAAAGAAACUAGAUCCAAGAAGAAGAGCCCAAUAAAACGAAAGUCUUUAUCAAGUGAUGUUAAUACUAAUUCCAUUUCAUCAACAAAUUCUCCUUUGAAAAAUCUUUCUGGUAAAGAAACAAAGUCAGAUGAAACAAUAGUAAAAGUUGCUUCUGCUCUGAGUCUUGAUACAGCAAGUAGUAAUAGCAGUAUUGAUGAUGACUGGGAAAAAAUUGCUGAACUUGAAAAAUAAUAAAUUAUUAUUAUACAGGUAACUAUAGGGAUUUUAUAUAAUAUGUGUAUUAUAAAUUUUAGAUUUUAUAAAUUGUUAAAUAUUAUAUAACCAUUGAAUAUCUUCCUUUCAUUUUGUUAAGUUUCUAGUUGUCAUUAUAUUCAAAUUAUUGUGGAUUGAUCAAUUAAAGAAUAAAAAUGGAGUUGGGUAGUUGGAAAAUCUACAAUGAAGGAAUGAGAAGUGUCUAGUCAGUUCAUCAAUGCUGAAAACAUUGAGGAAUUUGUCACACUACAUUUUUAUUCUAUCAACACAAUCUGUAACUUGUAGUUUCUAGAUUUGUAUGAUAUGCUUUAUAAGGAUAUUAAAAAUUUUUGAAAUAUA